GCUGGCGCCGGGAGCUCGUUUCUCCACGUGGACUGUGGUAUCAUGGCGGGAGCCGAGGCCUCCCAGCCACAGAAGCGCUACUACCGGCAGCGCGCCCACUCCAACCCCAUGGCGGACCACACGCUGCGCUACCCUGUGAAGCCAGAGGAGAUGGACUGGUCUGAGCUUUACCCAGAGUUCUUUGCUCCGCUCACUCAAAAUAAGAGCCAUGAUGAUCCAAAGGAUGAGAAAGAGAAGCACUCUGGGGCCCAAGUGGAGUUUGCAGACAUAGGCUGUGGCUAUGGUGGCUUGUUAGUGGCACUGUCACCGCUCUUCCCAGAUACCCUGAUUCUGGGUCUGGAGAUUCGGGUGAAGGUGUCGGACUAUGUGCAGGACAGGAUUCGGGCCCUCCGUGCAACCCCCCGGGGCGGAUUCCAGAACAUCGCCUGUCUCCGCAGUAACGCCAUGAAGCACCUUCCUAACUUCUUCCGCAAGGGCCAGCUGGCAAAGAUGUUCUUCCUCUUUCCCGACCCGCAUUUUAAGCGAACGAAGCAUAAAUGGCGAAUCAUCAGCCCCACACUUCUGGCAGAAUAUGCCUACGUGCUGAGAGUCGGGGGCCUGGUAUACACCAUCACAGAUGUGCUGGAACUGCAUGAAUGGAUGUGCACACAUUUUGAAGAGCACCCACUGUUUGAACGUGUGCCUCUGGAAGAACUAAGUGAAGACCCCAUUGUGGAACAUCUAGGCACUUCAACUGAGGAAGGAAAGAAGGUUCUACGCAAUGGAGGGAAGAAUUUCCCAGCCGUCUUCCGAAGAAUACAGGAUCCCCUCCUCAAGGCAGUAAUCCCCAAUCCCACCCUGCCUUAGCCGGACCCCCUCUUCUAGUGACUGGAAAGAAGAUCAGCUCCCCAUUCCAGGCCUUCCCAGACUAGUGGGACUGUGACACCAUGACCUCCCUAAGAAGUCGGGGUGCAGUCUGUCGGUGUUCUUACCUGUCACUCGUACUGCCCUUUUGUCCCUCCACUGUCAGAAGAAAGCAGGUGAAGUUGACUGAGAAGCUCAAAGGACCUUGACCAGAGGGGAUAUUUGGAGAGCCAUGGGUGUUUUCUUCUCCUUGAGCACCCCCUCUUCCUGGGGCUUCUCUAGCUAAGGUGAAGUGUGUGGUGCCCACUGUCUUAGGCUGUGUUUGGCUCAGGUUACCCUCAGUUGUGUUUACUUUGCAGUCCUGGGGAUGAUGAGUGUGUGCCCACAUACCAGUGUAUGUGUGUGUCUACAUGCCCAUGCAUGUGCCCACGUGCCUAUGUGUGUGUGCCCGUGUGGAUGUGCCCAAGUGGAUGUGCCCACGUGCCCAUGUGUGUAUGCCCAUGUGCCAGUGUUUCCCAAGAAACACUGGGUUAUGUGUCAAAUGCCUCCUGCCAGCUUCUCCCUGCUCACAGUCUGACCUGGGCAGUCCCUGCUGCCUUUAUUGUUGCUAUCUCUGUGGAGUCUCUGGAGGGCAAGAGGGUAGAGAACCUUCCUUGUCUUUACCAUGUUGAACUUGAUUCCAGAAUUUCAGACCUGACUGAUGGGAAGGGAGGGAAGGCAGAGGAACAGGGAGAUAACCUGGAAAAAAAAUUUAAAAAAUUA